CCACGUCAGCAGGCCACGUCAGCAGACCACGUCAGUAGGCCAUGUCAGCAGACCACGUCAACAGGCCACGUCAGCAGACCACGUCAGCAGGACACGUCAGCAGGCCAAGUCAGCCGACAACAGUACCACGUCAGCAGGCCUCCGGCCUGGUCUAUGCUUUUGCUCUCGCAAACAACCGUCAUGGACCGGAAGUCCGGGGAAACGGAUGAGGCCUAUCAGGCCCGGAUGCUGCUUCUGAUUACCGAAGCUAAGCAACGGUCGGAUACAGUAGCAGCCGCAGCAAAGCAAAAGGCAGAGGACGCCGAGAAGGCACGUCUGUUGGCAAUCGAACAACAACGCCAGCACGACGAGGCAGCAGCAAAGGCUGCCGAUGAAGAACGAAUUCAACGACGCGAGAAGAUAUUCAACGGAGAGCGAGCUUUGCUCACAAUGGCAGCGGAUUGGCGGGCCGAGGCCGAGAAUGGCAAGAUGGAAGAGAGKGAAAACAAGAUCGCUCUACUCCUCUCCCAUCUCACGGACCUCCUGGCAACAUGCAUUGCACAGCAGGAGGAAGUCCACAGCCUCGACGACGCGUUGGCCCAAGUCCACAGUCGCCUCCAGCAGCUGGAGCAGCGACCCGUCGCCGCCCCCGAUGCCAGCUCUUCCAACACCUCCGAUCGGCUCGAGGCAUUGGAGAUUGACGUCGGCUCCCUCAAGGACGGCGUGCAGUUACAGCAAACCGCAAUGCAACAGUUGGAGCAGCGGAUCUGUACUGCCGCCAACCACUCGAGCUCGAAACUGCACGAGACAACUCUAAAGUUCGAUGGGCAGGAUAUCUUCUGCGACUCAAUGAAGACAGACCCGAUUCCAUGGUUCCGCAAGUUCGAGCUCACAUUGCAGCUACACUACAUCAAAGAACACAAGCACCACGCGUACUUAUACUCCUGGUCGGGGGGCGCGUGCCAAGCAUGGUUGGACAAUCUCUUGUCCAAGUAUGGAGUGGUGGCUGCCGACUUGCAUACCAAGAUCAGUUGGGAUGAUCUAAAGGCGGCGUGGCAUAAGCGGUUCCAAGUAGAGCUGCCAGAGAUCGAGGCAAUGGACAAGCUGAUGGUCUUCGAACAAGGCAUGCUGCCAAGCCUUGACUGGAUUGCCGAGUACCAACGCUUGAAAUCCGUCCCAGAUAUUCAAAUGGGCUUCAAAGCCAUCAAACACUACUUCAUCUCGAGGUCGUGUCCGGCGUUGGGCAAUGCCUUGACUCACGUCGAGGACACCCUGACGACACCGGCAGAACUCUUCGACAAGGCUGCACGGAUUAUUGUCACAAACAAGGAGGCCAAGAAUCUCUAGCGUUUGUCUGCGCCAGGCCUGAGCAGAGAUCAACAUCGACCGAAAGUGGCCGUGGUCGCGGCGGCAACGCCAAACGACCAAACUAGCGAGGCCGUGUCUGCCAAUGAAGGGGACAGACUCGC